AAGGAGGGCUCUGAGAUACCCAAUUAAGCUCCACUUUCAGAAACUCUGACAGCUCUGAGGAGGACUAAGAAAGAGCAGGGAAAGGAAGAAAACAAGGAAGUGGUGAGACCAUCAGGAGCGAAGGUAUAAGGUGAUAAUUUGCUGCCGCUUCGCAAACGUCAACUGGCAAAUCCAGAUUCCCUUAAAGGAAGAUCCUUCCUCAGCAAGGCCCAAGGAAGAUGCUGGAAAAGACUCUCUCAGCCAUGACCUGGCUCUGCAUUCUCAUUGUGGCCUUUGCCAGCCACCCAGUGUGGCCACAGAAGCCCCCUACGGGCAACAUACUCGCAAAGUACAAACUGGCUGCCUACUGUCAGGAUAUGCAGGAGCUCAAGGCCGAAGUUGCCAACCUAAGCAGUCUGCUGAGUGAACUGAGUCAGAAGAAGGAGAGGGACAGGGCCAGCGUUGCCACGCAGGUGAUGGAACUGGAGACCAGUAACAAGCAUAUAGUAUCGCGGCUCACAGAUGCCGAGAUCAAGUUCUCUGAAAUGAACAACCAGAUUGAUGUUAUGCAGCUGCAGACAGCACAGGCUGUCACUCAGACCUCGGCAGAUGCCGUCUAUGACUGCUCUUCCCUUUUUCAGAAGAACUACCGCAUCUCUGGAGUGUAUAAACUUCCUCGCAAUGAAUUCCUGGGCAGUCCUGAGCUGGAGGUGUUCUGUGACAUGGAGACCUCAGGCGGUGGCUGGACCAUCAUUCAGAGACAAAAGAGUGGACUUGUCUCCUUCUACCAGGACUGGAAGCAGUACAAGCAGGGCUUUGGCAGCAUCCGUGGAGACUUCUGGCUGGGGAAUGAACACAUCCACAGACUCUCCAGACGGCCAACUCGGCUACGUGUGGAAAUGGAGGACUGGGAAGGCAACGUGCGCUAUGCUGAGUACAGCCACUUUGUUCUGGGUGAUGAAGUGAGCAGCUACCGCCUCUUCCUGGGGAACUACAGUGGCAAUGUGGGACAUGACGCCCUCCUCUAUCAUAACAACACAGCCUUCAGCACCAAGGACAAGGACAAUGACAACUGCUUGAACAAGUGUGCACAGCUCCUUAAAGGUGGAUAUUGGUACAAAUGCUGCACAGACUCGAACCUCAACGGGGUGUACUACCGCCUCGGAGAGCACAAAAAGCACCUGGAUGGCAUCUUCUGGAACGGCUGGCAUGGGUCUAGCUACUCCCUGAAACAGGUGGAGAUGAAAAUCCGCCCAGAAGACUUCAAGCCCUAAAAAGAGAUCUGCUGUGGAACAGGGAUGCAGAAAUAGAAAGAAAUGGAGGCUGGGCAAGGGUAGAGAAAGGGAGGAAGAGAGGAUAGAAAUGGUAGGGAUGGAAAAUGGCCCAU